AUGCUUCGUGUAACGCUUUUGGUCGCACUUUUUCCCUUCAUGCUCUUUCGAGUUGAAUCAAAGUUUCAAUUUCAAAAACCGGGACUAGGUCAAUCUGCCCUCGCCGCAUCCCGCGCGGAAGUUGUCAAGCACAAGUUUCAACAGGCUUAUGCCGAUUACAUUCGCUGGGGAUUUCCUGCGGACGAAGUGGCGCCGCUGUCUAAAAAUGGCUCAAACACACGUAAUGGUUGGGGGGCUACCCUUGUAGACAGCUUGGACACACUUUUCAUGAUGGGUCUACAUGACGAAUUUGAACACGGUCUAACACAGACAGCCAAAAUUGAUUUCAGUCGCAGUUAUGUCAAUGAGACCGUAUCGGUAUUUGAGACCACAAUUCGAUACCUUGGCGGAAUAUUGACAGCGUAUGAGCUGAGUGGGUUUACCCGAAAAGACUUAUUGGAUCGAGCCUAUCAACUGGGCAACAAGCUGGCGUAUGCAUGGUCACAUCCGAUACAACAAAUUCCUUAUGGACGUUUGAACUUUACAACAAACACACCAACAAUUGAUACCAACAGUGUAGCAGGUGCUGGGACACUCAUCUUAGAGUUCGACCGCUUGAGCCACUACACUGGAAACGACACCUUUCGCGCCCUGGCGGACAAAUCUAUGAAAGCCAUUAUGACUUUUCCUGACGAAUUUCCGGGGUUACCUUCUCUGGAAAUCUACCCUGGGAAUGCUAGCGUUGCUGGUGACUACAUCACAUGGGGUGGUGGCAUAGAGUUGGGUAAUCAAUCCUUAUUUGUUCUCCCAUCAACCACAUGUCGACUUACGGUUACACACUCAUACUUUGAAUAUUUACUGAAGUAUGCAAUGCUAACAAACAAUCGGGACCCUCGGUAUCUUGAAGCAUGCUUUGUUGGAGGGAACUGGCUCUUGGGUGGAAAGCUGAUUGGCGAUGAGACAGUAGUCAAUUAUGGUAUACAAUUGAUUGAUACUUGUAUGCACACAUAUACAAGUACGGAGACUGGGCUAGGUCCUGAAAUUCUGCACUUUCUCGGACCCAAGGGAGAGGUGACUGGGCCUAAUAUGACUGCAGAGAUCCUCCCAGCUUAUAGGUUCCGUUUUCUGGUAUGCAGACCCGAAGUCAUCGAGUCGGUUUUUUACGCAUGGCGCAUGACGGGCAAAGAACGUUAUCAGGAAUUUGCAUGGUCCGCUUUCCAAGCUUUGAAUAAGUAUUGUAAAGCGUCGGCUAGUUAUGCGGCCAUAAUGAAUGUCAACGAUGCAAGGAAUGUCACUCAAAUCAAUAGAUCUGAAAGUUUUUUCUAUGCUGAGACAUUUAAGUAUCUGUACUUAAUAUUUGCCCCGGCGUAUCAUUUUUCACUCGAUGAAUAUGUGUUUAACACUGAGGCUCAUCCAUACCGCUACACUUAUGGUUAA